AUGACCACAUGUAGGGCCCCCCGGUCGGCAGCUCCUGAGCUCAGGGAACGAUUGUCACUGGACCUUACACCACUUAGUCUCAUUCCUACGCGGACUGGAUAUGCUUCUGCCUGGGGCAACUGCCCGUUAAGCGCGGGCCCUAUUCCGUCGACUGCCCCGGGAUGGACAGAUCCAUUUGUCUUUGAUGAUUACGAACUUAACCAGCCGCCACAGAAGCGAGCACGAACCGAUCGGGUAGCGGAGGAUUCGAGGUCUACUGAAGUUAAAUCGAAAGUAGGAACACACAGACCAACGGAACCACCACUGAUCACUUGUGAUGAACUUGCGGAUGUGCUGUGCAUAUCCCCUAAAUGUAAGCCGGGACAAUGUACUCUUGCCCCCAUUGUAUUGGAUCUGCGCAGUUUGCCUACUCAAAUGUUUUUCCGAAUCAAGGCUGCUGUCGGAAUGCCUUGUGAAUCUCGUGUCAAAAUGCGUCUUGUUUUACCUCAUUUGGAUGCAUAUUUGCACCAAGAAGUUCUAGACAUUUGUUCGCGCUGCCAAGACACACUGUGUGGAAAGAAACGACUCGUGGUACUUUACACGGAGACCGGUUUCGAGCACAGUCCCGUUUGGGAAGGUCUUAUUUUACAUCUGACACAGAACUAUAUGGUUGAUGUGAAACUUCUUAAAGGUGGAUUUUGUGAAUUCAGGCGGGCAUAUUCCCAUUUGUGUGAGAAGACUUUGGGUUUAUUCGCCACCCCUCGAACGGUGUCCGUUGACGGAAGUUUGCGAUCCGCGUCCACUCCGCCCUCGACUGGUGCUUCCGCCGUAGAUUCUCCCAAGGAGCGGCCUCCUGAACCUCGAUCGGUAAACAGUUCCCUCAAUUUCAAUUCCUUUCUCCUGCCCGGAUUAACGUUCUCCUUUGAAACGGUGCAAGGAGCAGCUGGAGGGGUUUUGUCCCAAUCAAAUGAUUUUCCUCGUUACCUUGUCAGUCCGACCAGUGUGCGAACAUCGGAAUUCUUUUUUCCCACAGAAGACGAUUCACGGACUCCAAAGGACGUGUAUCGUGUCAAAGCCAGUCGUAUACUGCCAUUUCUUUAUUUGGGCAAUGAAAUCGAUUGUAGCAGUGAACAAUUCCUUAGUUCCUGUCGAAUCAGAUCCGUACUGAAUGUAACAAACAAAGUUCCUUUUCUGGACGAAAAACGAUUCCGGUGUUGUCGCCUUCCGGCAAUCGAUAUGCAAACCCAAGACCUACGCCCGUUGUUCACCUCAGCCUUCGAGUUUAUUGAACAAUCCCGGCAAGCUGGCGAUUCAGUCCUAGUGCAUUGUCAAGCUGGUAUCUCGCGAUCUCCGGCACUCGUGAUUGCCUAUUUGAUGGCACAUUCCGGUCUAUCUCUGCGAGAUGCCUAUCGAUGGGUCAAAUCCAAACGUUCAGUGAUCUCGCCCAAUUUUGCAUUUCUUGGUCAGCUUUGUGAUUUUGAAGCAGACCUGGUUUCUGGUCGUGUUCCUCGUAAACCAGACACGUUGGAUGGAUUGAUCACGUUGCCCGAGGAAUCACGUGAUGUGGACGACUUCCUCUCCCUUUCUAUCGACAAUUACACAUCCACACGUGCGUCCUCUGUGGAAUCCGUAGAGGAUGCUACUAACGUCACCGUUAGCUCGAUGGAAUCCACUGGACCUUAA